AUGCGUUCCACUUAUCAUGGUAUGCGGUUUAUGUUUACAUUAGCUCGGACACCGAAAGAAGAAAUAGUACAAAGUAAAUUAUCACAAUCGAUAUCCAAUCAUUUAGUACCACAUCAUACCCAAUUAUUACUUAAUAAUUCACAAAAACACUUAAAAUUUCAUACGACUGCACAAUUGAAAUCUGCUGAUAUCUUUCAUGUGCAAGAUGAUGACGAUUUUCAAAAACAAAUCAUUGAUAGUAAAAAACCAUUUAUUGUCGAUUUUCAUGCUACAUGGUGUAAUCCGUGUAAAAUUCUUCAGCCACGUUUGGAGAAGGUUAUAACAAGUUAUAAUAAAGAUAUAAAGCAAAGUAAAGGAGAGCAACAAGUUACAUUUGAAUUAAGUGCCAAAUUUGAUAUACAAGCUGUACCAACGGUAUUAGGAAUUAAAAAUGGAAAAGUCGUUGAUCGUUUUUCAGGCGUUGUUGAUGAGGACAAAAUAUUAACAAUGCUUGAUAAGUUAAAUAAAUAA